AGGGGGAAGUAUUUCACUGCUGCACAUUUCCUGUUUCCUAGCAACAAGAGCAAUGUGGAAAUGAGGAUGGAAUAAAAAAAGACAAUUGGAGAGAAGGGGGUUGCCCUUUUCCACUCAAAAACAACAUUCCUCAAAUGAUGAAUGGAUAUAUACGCCAGCGGGACUUAUUCUGAAUGGGCAAAGCUUCAGCUGAACUCACACACUUCUCCCAAACUGAAGUCACUCUGCUAAACCUGGACCUCAAUGUUUUUGUUUUUUCACUUCACUGGACUUUCCUUGGACCUUAUCAUCGACUACUGUCUCCUUUUUAUACAAACAACAAAGUCAUCUAAUGCAUUUCUGUCUCGCACAUUCCCACACUUUGUGUCUUGUGCACCUGAUCCCAUCAUCAUCUUCUAAUGGCAGUGCAAGACCCUAGCACAGCAGCAGGAUUCCCCUGCAAACAAUGUGGCAUGGUCCUACUGGAUAUGUCCAGUCUGCUGGAGCACAUGGACGCUCAUCUUCAACAAGAGGACGAACGAAAAUUUAAAUGUGACGAGUGUGGUCGCUGUUACCGGCAUGCAGGGAGCCUCGCAAACCACAAAAAGACUCAUGAAGUAGGUCUGUUUGAGUGUGACAUCUGCGGUAAAGAAAACUCCAACGCCUUGGCCCUGAAAAGUCAUCUUCGAAUCCACACUUCACAAAAGAAAUACUCCUGCGCAGAAUGUGGGAAAGCUUUUCGUCUGGCAACGCAGCUGGCUACACAUGAGAGGGUUCAUCUUGGCAGGAGAGGAAAGCGACAGUUAUUUAGGAAAGUAGAUUUGGACAGGUCGGCGGAUGAAAACAGACAUGAGGUGGAAGAUGACCAUUCACAGUUUCAGAGUGAGCAUGUGGACCAACUUGGGAUUUCUACAGAAUACAGUCCAUCUGAUGACAAGACCGAGGGCGUUUAUAACACACAGUCUGAGGCGUCUGACGAUGAUGCUAAUCGACCAUUCAAAUGUGACUUAUGUGACAAAGCAUACAUUCAUUAUCGAAGCCUGACCAAUCAUAAAAAGACUCACCAAGUUGGAAAGUUUGAAUGCAGCGUAUGCUUCAAACUUUUCAAUAACAUGGCCGCUCUCUACAGCCACCAGAGGACACACAAAGGUAAAAGCGGGACCGAUCUCAGUUCACAAGACGAGUCAAACACGGAGCCAGCACUGGACCAGUUUUCCCCUCAGAACCAGGAUGCUGCCGUCAACUUUUGUCACCUGUGUCAGAUCCUCUACACCAGUGACCAGGAGUUCCAGGAGCACAUCCAAAUGCACAACUGUUCAUCUUUGACGUUUGAGCCUGAAGAUAGCUUGCUAGAGAACCACAAUGAAUCGUAUCACAGUCGUAUUCCUUCCCCUGAGUCGAAUUUUUAUGUGUCGCCCAUAGACAAUAUUCCCUCUGUUUCAUCAAUAGAUCAGCAUGGAAACUAUGAACGCCCGCAGGAGGCAAUUGGAGGGAAUGGACACACUUACUCAGACUACUUCAAUCAUCAAACCUCAUCCUCCAAUAGCUCUCAGGGAGAAACCCAAAACAUGGACACAAACACGCUCAGUCCCAACCUGAUUCCCACGCAAAACACUGAGAAUGCUACUGAGAUGGAAGAGACUUCAGCCGCCGACUCUGAUGACCGUCCCUUCAAGUGUCAGAUCUGCGGUAAAAGCUACAGGCACUCAGGGAGCCUCAUCAACCACAAAAGGUCACAUCAGGUCGGGAUCUACCAGUGCUCCAUCUGCAGAAAGAGUUAUCCUCACUUAGCCGCUCUCAAAAGUCAUCUUCGCCUCCACAAAUCUCAGCCGUCAUCUUUUGGCCUGGACACUGAGGGAGACUGGCUCUCCUCAGAGCCGCUGACUCUGGAGACCCAGCAGGGCGGAUUCUCUCCCGAGGAGCAUUUCAGUCAAGAGGUGAAGGAGGAGGAGGAGCAGGAGGAGGACCGUGGGCUUGGCAUGGACGAGGAGAACAACAUUGACCACAGCAAUGGUACGCUUUACCACGAGCAGUUUAAUCAGGGCUUUUCCCAGGAUAUGACUCUGGAUCUACCUCACGAUGAGCACCUGCUGCAGAGGCACAUGUGUGCCGACUGCGGUGAGACAUUUGCAGACAUUGCAGGGAUUAAGUCUCACAGCUGUCCGCUGCUCCAGCAGCAGCACGACGCCACCAGUGGCAACUAUGAAAACAGGUUAAACUACCAGGUUACCGACAGUAAUCGUGCGGCUGGAAACCCAGAAGGGGACGUAGAGUCCUACGGUCUGAACGGGAGCCACGACCAAAGUUACUUUGACGAGAAUUUCCACGAAAAUGCGAGCAGUGAUCAGCUUAACGGUAGAGGAGGAGACGAGGAUGCAGACGAGGAAGACGACGACGACGACGGAGAUCUGUAUCAGUGUUCUAUAUGUGGCAAUAGCUACACAAGCAUGAGGGCUCUCCGGAGCCAUCUGCGAGGGCACACACACUCACAUGGCACUCCCCCCAGCUCAGGGCCUUCUUCUAUGUCCUCCCACGAAGAAGCGAAAGAUGAUGAGCCUGUUGAGAUAAUAAUCUGCAGUACGUGUGGGGAGAGUUUUGCGAAUAGGCAGGACAUGAACGCUCAUCAGCUUCUCCACAGCAGUGAGCAGGUAGACAGCAUGAACUCGUUAGUUACGGACAUUGAUGUUCCGAAAACCAAGGAGGAAGAGGAGAACAUCAUCUGCGGCAGCUGUGGGAUCUUCUGCACGAGCUCCCAUCACCUGCAGAACCACGGCUGCCCGGCGGAGAGGAACCAAGAGCCGAUGCACGGUGAAGAGGAGGCCAGAGUGGAUGAUGCAGCUCGGAUCGAAGACAGCACUCCGGUCAAACAGUCAGCUCACGCAGAAGGUCGUCAGUACAAAUGUGACCAGUGUGGGAGGUCCUACAGGCAUCCCGGUUCACUCCUCAACCAUAAAAAGUCCCACAAAACCGGCGUAUUCAGAUGUCUCGUCUGCCAGAAACGCUUCUACAAUUUGUUGGCUCUUAAAAACCAUCAGAGGUCCCACUUUGACAUUAAGAGGCAUACUUGCCAUGAGUGUGGGAAAGCCUUCAAGAUUCAGAAGCAGCUAUUGACUCACUUGAGGCGGCACAAAGAAAACCAAGCCAAAAUCCAGGAACUAAAUAACCAGAUUCAGGCCCUCAUGCAGAUGAAUGGGACUCGGCCAGAUGGAGGAAUGCAGCCCUUAACUUCAGACGCCAAUCAGGCUUUCACCUCUCCUCGGCGGCGCGCACAGCGCCAACAACAAAAGGCCCGCGCGAUCAAAGAGGAGACCCCGGUUAAGCUGGAAGACACGGGCGAUCAGCGUCCGUUCGCUUGUGACCAGUGUGGGCGCACGUACCGCCACGCAGGAAGCCUGGUCAACCACAAGAACUCCCAUAAAACAGGCGAAUAUUACUGUUCGGUUUGUAACAACACGUAUUCUAAUCAGCUCGCGAUGAAGAACCACAUGCGCACCCACUUUGCAUUCAAAAGACACUCGUGCCAGAACUGUGGGAAGAGGUUCAGAGGGAAGAAGCAGCUACUGGCUCACGUCUGUGGAAGCCUCAGAAAGGACCGAGCAGGAGGAAGGCGGGCGCUGAAACCCAGGUCCUUCAAGUGUAAGGAAUGCAGGCGGGUGUUCCUGUCCAGCGACCAGCUGGCCGAGCACACCUGUGACGGGCCUUCAGCCGGCGAGGACGCGUCUCCCAGCAAGGAGGAGCGGCCUUUCACCUGCAACAUCUGCAACCGCUCCUACCGCCACGCAGGCUCGCUCCUAAACCACAAGAACACCCACAAGACGGGACACUUCAUCUGCACCUUCUGCUCCAAGCCCUUCACCAACCCCAUGGCGUUACGCAACCACACGCGCAUCCACACGCAGAAGAAGAAGUUUGUGUGUCUCACGUGCGGGAAGGCCUUCCGCCUCGCCAGCAUCCUGCACAACCACCAGAAGGUCCACAACCGCGCCGCCAGCCACCUGAGCUGCGCCGAGUGCGGCAAGAGCUUCCUGGGCCGGUCGGGCCUGAAGAGGCACCGCUGCCGCCGAGGUCAGGAGAACGGCGCGCAGUCCGGAGCCCCGCAGGCCGACCGCGGAGACAAGUGCUUCAUGUGUGACCUGUGCGGGCGCUCGUACCGCCACGCCGGCUCCCUCCUCAACCACAAGAAGACGCACUCCGAGAACCUCCACCACUGCGCCCUGUGCCUCCAGACGUUCCCCGACGCGCUCACCCUGCAGAUUCACUCCCAGAUGAGGCGCCAGUGCUGCCCGGAGUGCGGGAAGACCUUCUGCCUGCUGUCCCACCUGCAGAGCCACAUGGAGGUGCACUCCAAGGACCGGGCCGCCGCCAGCUUCCAGGAGCAGCACCACGUGGCCGACGGGACUCCGGGUCGCUACCCGGACGAUGCGGAGGAGCCCCUUCACGACGGCCUCUGCUGGGACCCGGCCGUGACGCCGUUGAUGGACGUGGACGGGAUGCGCGGCGACGUCCCGCCGCCUCUGUCGCACAUCCCCGGGAACGUCGGCGACUCGCCGAGGGCCGACGACGCCCCGGGCGCCGAGCAGAAGAGCCACGUCUGCGAGCACUGCGGCCGCACCUACCGCCACGCCGGCUCGCUCCUCAACCACAAGAACAGCCACAAGACGGGCUCCUUCUUCUGCUCCGUGUGCCAGAAGGAGUUCACCAACCUCAUGGCGCUCAAGAACCACCGGCGCAUCCACACCGAGCCCAAGCGCUACCAGUGCCAGGAGUGCGGCAAGGCGUUCCGCGUGUCCACGCAGCUCAUCUGCCACCGGAGGAUACACACCAAAGAGAAGCCCUUCGCCUGCAUGCUGUGUGACAAGAGCUUUUCCAGCAAGUCCAACCUGCGGCACCACCAGAGGAUGCACCAGAACUCCCAGAGCUUCGACUCCGCCUUCAGCAUGGACGCCAACGCCUUCAUGGACCUGGACAUGGCCUCCUUCCUAUAAAGCUCCGUCUCCACAUCGCCCCUCUAUCAGUAAUUGUAAAGCAGUAUUUUAUUUUCCUCCAAGUGUUCUCGACUGAACUGAAGGUCCUUUUUUUUUUCUUUUUGAGAAGAUGCACAUUUAUUUUCUGACUAAUAGUCUUACCUCCACAGCAGAAGGCAAAAACAUCGCUCUGCUUUUUUUAACCAGGCCUGAAUGUUUCCCACGAGCAGCGCGGCAGCGGGACGCUGGGCGAAGCGACUCGUCUCUGCUCAUUCCUCCGCGACGUCCCGGCCAACCAAAGCAGAAGGUGCAGCCCAGGUUUCUGUCCCCACACCAAGUCUGAGACGUUUUGUAAAACAAAACUCUAACAACUCAAACUAUUUAUAAUUGUGUUCAGUGCCUCUGUAAGCAAAAUAUACAUCUAUAUUUAUCUCAGUCAUUUUUUUUUUGUUCACUUUGCCGUCAGUAUUGAAGGACUACUCACCUUUCUGUGAGAUUUCAUAGGGCAAGCCUGUUAUUCUUCUGUCAGAUCCCUCUGGCAGAGUCAUUUAGUGAAAUAUUAAUAGGUAAAUAGUUGUACUGCUAAUAAUAUUCAACUUCACGCCGAGUGACAUUGUAUUCUGCUGAAAUGGAUGUAUUUAUUAAUUUAUUCCUCUUUCACAUGCACAUUUUAUCAGAAAAAAAAAGAACUAUGAAUGUUGUUUUAGAAAGGAAAAAGUCUUCUUGAACUCAUGUAGCCUUUAAGGAACUUCUCAUCCGUGGGUCAUCGGGAGGGGACGCCGUCGGCAGCACUCAGGGGGAAAAAAACCUUCAAAAGGAGCGUACCUGACGUGUGAGACAUUGUGGGUAAUCGGUUUCUCUCGCCCCGCUCAUGCCAUUUUGACACUUUUCAUGGUUUAAACCGCGGCCCUCUGCAGCAGAUCCGCUUUGAUCCGGCGAGAAACAUCAGUUACGUUGAAGUGCCAGUGCCUAAAAUUUAAGUAGAUUGUAGCAUUUUAAUGUGAACAGACCUCGUCUCGCUGAGCUCGUCAUACUGUAAACCACUGAGCUGAAAAGAAAAGGAAAAGAUCUUCAGGUCUGUGCAUCUUUCUUAGUCACUCUGAAAAUGGGUUCUCUUCGGUUUUCGUCUCCAUGGAAACGUUUCCUCAGAAAGUCUAUAUAAAUCAGGCGCUAUGUCUCAUAUAUGCUAAGCACAAAUGUCAACACGAACUACUCAGAGAUUUAUUUACAAAGGAAGAAACUGUUUCAUCGCCACCGUGCGACUCCAUUAACCACUUCAUCUUCUGUUCAGAAAUGUGCAAUUACUGGGAAAAAAACAUGAAUUAACCCCUUUUUGUUUUUCUUUUUUGCCAAGUUCUGUAACGUAACGUGCCUGCAGAAGUGGACACGCAGCCUUUUGUUUCUGGAACCGUUCCGCCCCGUACCCCCCCCCCCCUCUUUCCACGCCUUACACACUGCGUUUCACGUUUGUUCGGCACUGGUUUAAAACAAAAGUAUGAAAUACCUCAAAAGCCCUGCCUACCUAGCAACUGCUUCUUAAUGCCUCAUGCAGCUUAAUUGUAGGGAAUACACUGUUAAUCAAGCAAAUGAAUCACGGAGAGAAGUGCGGAGCGUUCGUUUAAUUUGAUAUAUUAAAGGUUGAGCGUUUCUCCUGUUGGUUUUUUUUGGUGGACCGUUUGUUUCUAUUUGCACAUGCGUGGACGCCACCUGUAGCCCACGGAGGACGGGACGUCCGGAACGAUCCACUGGCCUGAUGCUCUCACCUCAGCCGAGUUAUUUGCGGGUUCUGAUAUUUUAAAGCAAUACGUUGGAUUCACAGCAUGAACACUCGUUUUUUUUUGGGGGGAAAGUGUCCCGACGUGCCAUUUUGUUACAUUAUUUUCACUCUGUAAACCGUUUAAACAUCGUCGCUGUAUGUAAAUGUUUCAAAAAAAAAAAAAAAGAAAAUCCUUCAUCCCUGUGUCAUCUCCGUCGUCUCUGGACUCACACUCCCGC